CCUCUCACUCUGUCUCAGUCUCUCUCUCUCGCACUCUCUUCAGUAGCAGCCUUUUCGUCUUCCUCGGCACACACUUCUCUCUGAAAAUCGCUCUCAUCUUCUUUCUCUCUCUUAAAGCUUUCGCUUUGGUUCCGAGAUCGAGAAAUUAUCGCUCUUGUUUCUGGCAUUGGUAAGGAUAAAAAUAGAGACUUCAUGGAUUAUGAUCCCUGGGAUCUUUGGGGUCCAUCAUUUUAUCCAGCUUCACCUGAGAGAAGUCAUUGCUCACAAAAUGAAUGGCAAUGCGACUUCUACUUUGGUUAUGGGACUGAUGUGAUGGAGGAAGAUGCUAUGAGUGAGAAAUCUUGCAUACAAGUGUCAAGGAUAUUGAUAACAAAAGCAGAUACUGAAAUCAAUGAACUUGAAAAAGAUCUGGUAUCCCUUCAAAGUGAACUAGCUUGGUUUGAAUACGAAGAGUGGUCUGAAAUAUGCUGUGGUGCCCUGAGAGAAAGGAUUGAUGACCUUAAUAUUUCAAUAAGAAGUUUGAGGGAUAAGGAUAAGAAUGAUAUUGAGGUUCAUUUACUUGUUCAUACAGAACCUAUAGCUACUAUACACGAGAUACUGAAUGCUUUUCUGACAAAGUACCUCGAAGAGAAAGACAAACAGGAACAGCAGAGCAAUGACAAAGAAGUUAUUGACUCUAGCUCACAUACUACGGUACAUGCAACUGAACUUUUGGAUGAUAGCAGUAAAGUAAGUGAUAGUUGUUCAGGUGUCACUCAGAAGGAGGGGGUAAAAGAAUUCGGGGAUAAUCCCGCAGAGCAUUAUAAAAUCUCACGUAUCUCUCCAGAGCCUCAAGAAAAGAAAACAAGUAAUGCUCAAACAGAUAAGCCUGUGAGCCCUGACAUCAAAGAUUCCAGCACAGAUUCUUUGAAAUCGGCAACAGAUGAUAAGAAUUUAUUGAGCAACUUCCAUUCAAAGAGCACCGGAAACGUGGAAGCAGAAGAACUGAGUACGAUUUCUGAAGAGAAUGGAAUCGUCAAAGAUUUUUCUCUGAAACUUGCCAACGAGAAGAGGCGUAUUCUAGAAACAGUUAAAUUUCAGCCUGGCAUUAUGCAUGCUUCAGAGCAUGUGGUUAACCACUCCAAUAAGGAGAAAAGCUUGAACAAUUCUUUUAUGAAGAUUAAAAAUGAGGAAAUGGAAGAAGACAACUCGAUACAUGCACUGAAUGCUGCCGCAGCGAAUAUUGAUCUCGGGGAAAAUGCCAAGUCUACAAAUGCUUAUGAAAACAGUAGUCCAGAUGCUUUAAGAUGUGCAACUGGGCUCAAUGGAAGGAAAGGAAACUCUGAUUCUGGGUUAGUUGCUUUCAGACAGGCUGACAGGGAGCAAAACCUAGCAGAAGGUGGAAAAUCUGAUAUGGAUGAAAAAGUUAAGAAUGUAGCUUUAAAAGCUGCAUGGAAAUGUUAUGUCCAGAAACAAAGAAUGGAGGAACCAAAUGUUACUCAAACCAAUAUUAUGAUUUCUUCAAAUUUAUCCUCAAAGAAAGAAGGGAAGAAAAAGCCUCGACUGAGUGAUAAGGUCAGAGAAACUGGCUUGACAAGUGCAGAACAUUCUGCUUUUAGUUUUCUUCCGCAGUUGCAAGAUCAGUGGGGGGAAACUGCAAGCAAACUUCCGCAGAGAGGGAAAAGAAAACCUGAGUUGCUUGGAAUGCAAAUGGCAAAAAUUGCUGCUAAUGACAAGAAGUAUGACUUGACGGCUUCAAAUUCACAAGGACAAAAGAUGCAGAAGAGUAUUACAGCUGGAGAUUUGGAUGGGAUGGUCAUGAAGAGAUUAAUGCAGCCAGUUCGACUUGAUUCCAAAGAGCAUGGUGCUGUUCUUGAAAAUGCAGUUUUGCACCCAGAAAAGAAAAGAAAGAAGGACUCAAUCAGUGCCAUGAAGGUUGAAGAGUUCUCUGUUCAAAUGGACUGCUCAAGUUCUACCAGGACUGCAAUUGGUCGGGCUGUUAAGGAGGAGCCUUUAACCCCCAAUUCUUUCUCAGUUGGCGAUGUAGAUGCAGAGGAUGUGAAGCAAUUUCCUUCGGAUGCAAACGACCUAAGGAGAUUGAAAAUGGAUGAUCUGAAGGCCAUAGCGAAGCAACUAAACCUGACUAGGUAUUACAAGCUUAAGAAAGGUGCGCUCGUUGAACUACUAACCAGCAAACUAGGAAGUUGCUAAACUUCCAAGCAUGAUGUUAUAGGGUUCUUUUGGGGUCUUUGAUGUGGCCAUGGAUGAUGUUGCGGCAUAUGACUAAGGGAACAAGCGAUUGGGUUUCAUGGAAUGUCAGAUGUGCCCAGAUCUCUUCUGAAAUAGAUUUUGCUAUAUGAGGACCUGAUGAAUGAUUAAUGGCAGGUUGUAAGUAUGAUAUCUUUAACUGGAGGUUGUUACUAUACAUGUUACAAGUUACGAUCAAAAGCAAACAGUAAGAUUCUUGUAGGAAGAAAUUUCCUUUCCUUGCUGGACAAGAGUAAAUGUUCUUUGGAUAGCUGUAACAGGAGUCAAUGUGUAAUGGAGGAAAGGUGAUUGUAUGAGGGUAUUGUGAAUAUAUUCAGUCAUUUGAUUACUUUGCAGUUGUACUUGCAACAAGUUAUAUGCAAUGAUACCGAUGUUAAAAAUUUUGCUUAUAGAAAAAGGAGAAAAUCGGGUAGAGAAUGAUAAUCGAAAGUCGAAACCUGAGCUU